GAUCAAUCGUUGUGGAUGGAACUGUUGAAAAUGGACGAAAUUUCCGACGUUUUAGAUGACUCAGAUGAGAUUUCUGAAGUUGAUAUCGCUGAUAUUAAUUGGUGUGAAUGUUGCCCUUCAAGUAGCCAAGAAGGAAGCCUCAAGUCAUUACAGGAGACAUUACCUCAAGGUUUUAGCUACAUAUGUUGCAGGCAAUCGAUCCAAACAAACUGCCCAAGAGUUGAAUUUAGAAUAAACGUCACAGAUGAAUUGUCAGCGAAAGAUUGGAUAAAAAAGUAUCAAGACAAAACUCUCGCUACUUGGAGGAUAUCGAGGACCUAUCCAAAUCGUGGAAGAAGGACACUCUGCCGUCUGGAGAGGAGAUGUCAACACAUGACAUGCCCAAGGACGACGUCAGCUAACAAGAGGAAGAGCUCCAAGAACACCAACUGCCCAGCCAUACUCGUUCUAAUCGUCAGGAAGACAGAGUUCAAACGCCUCGAUGGAACGGACAGAGUGAUGAGAUCUGAGGAUCAGCAUCUUCCAACUUGGCCAGCGAGAGUGACCCUUAAGUAUGAGCACAACCACCCACUGAAGGCUGCCGAUGUGCUGCGACACAGAGACGUCUCCAAAGGGGUGCGAAAGAAGUUGAUAAAACUCUUCAGGGCAGGACACAAUGCUUCUAGUGCACUCAACAUGCACCAGUAUGACUUGCAGAUGGAACAUGGGAAUGACUACGUGUUUCUCAGUGAAGACAGACAUCACAAUCCAGAUCUCAACUUCACUUGGAGGUUGUACAACCAGAUUUGGGGGAAGACCAGUGGUGGUAGCCGCAAAAAGAGAUUAAAACUGAUGUCUGACAUGGAAGAUAUGAGUGAGGAAAUGGGGAAAGGUCCCAAGGAUAGGAAGGCAUUCUGUGUCAGCACCAACACGGAGAUGGUGGAGAUGUUGAGGGAGAAGAUUAACAAGUAUAACCUGGAGAACGGCGACUGCGUUAGGAUGGUCGUCAAAGAUGAUCAACUGGUAAUGGCCAUCAUCACCCCGCUCAUGAAGCGAGCCCACAAGAUGGUUAAGUAUUCAGGUGAGAUGGUCUUCAUGGAUGCUUCGGGAAUCAUCAGUGGACAGAACAGCCAUGUUUUCCUGAUGAUGACGCCAAGCUUUGCGGGAGGCUUGCCUCUUGGUGCUUACAUCACAACGAAUGACUCUAAGGCACAUCUUGAAGCAGCCAUUCGGCUUGGUCAAGAAAUCGUUGGCGACACUGCCUUUUACGGUAGAGGUUCAAUCGGUCCUGAAGUCUUCUUUACAGAUGACUUAGAAGAAGAAAGGCUCGCACUAAGUACUAUCUACCCCCAGUCAACGCUGAUACUUUGCAUUUAUCAAGUGUUACAGUCGUUCUGGAGACAUCUGUUUGAUCCCAAAUUCAAGAACCAACGAGAAGAUGGGCCAUACCUCUUCCAGUUGAUGAAAUCCAUGCUAUAUUCCUCCACAGCUGACGAGAUAGAAGCAGUUUAUGCAAGCAUCAUUCAUGACUCAAUCGUUGAUAAAUAUCCCUUAAUGAUGAGCAUAUAUGUGAAAAUGUAUGAAAGGAAACACGAAUGGGCGCUUUGCUACUUGGACAGCUUGUCGUUAAGAGGUAAUAACACCAGUAACUACUGCGAGUCAGCCAUGCGAAUUCUCAAGGAUAAAAUCUUCCACCGCGCAAAAACAUACAGUGCUGUCCAGCUGGUGGAUUUCUUACUGACUCGAAUGGACCAGUACUACCAAACACGCUUGCUGGAUGUUAGCCACAACAGACUGGAAAAGGCACUGGGUUCUAGGUACAUCUCAGCCGGAAGCCCCGCCGGGUGCACCCCAAAGAGCCAGAUAGUUCAGGAGUCAGCGAUGGUGUUUCUUGUACCCCAUGAGAAGCCCGAGGAGCCUCCCUUCAGGGUGGACAUGACUGUGGGUCUCUGCACUUGCAAGGUUGGAAGUUCGGGAGGUCCCUGUUGCCAUCAGAAGGCUAUCCUGACCGGUUUCUACAUCCCCUCCUGGAACUUCAUUCCUGUCAAUGACGAUGCCAUGAGUAAACUUUUGUUUGAAAUCUCAGGGGCACUGGCGGAGGAUAGCAACUCAAGAAGGAAGCGCCAUAGGGAGGAAUCAGACGUCAAUGAUGUUGAAGGUAGUGCACGUGUAGCAUUAGAGGAAGAUGUAUCUCUGGAGACCAGAAGGUCGAAGGUCACCCCAGUGGGGAAACCUUACAAAGCCCAUCAGAAGAAAGUCCUGGAAGACUUGGAUGCUUUCGUUACAAGGAUCAAGAAUGGUUUCCUCAAUAACCCUGGUAUUUAUAGAGAUGCGUUAGAAGAUUUUGUUCAACGAACAAAGAGAUUUACUUCUGAGGCUGAACUGGUUUGUUCUUUGUACACAUUUGGAGAAUAGAUUUUUGAGAUGUUCUUAUAACAUGAGGGUUUGUCAUGCUCACCUUGUGUGUUUUGUAGAAUCUGAAACUUGUUCUGGAACUGCCAAUAUUUUAAUUAUUUAGUAGCACAUGCACAGAUCUUUGUCAUGCGAUUGAUGGGGUUGACGGUGUUAAGUUCGCUCAAGGACCAAUGGUUAACAAGUUGUUGUUUAGAGACAUACGUAGGCCAUUUGCACAUAAGUUGUAGUGCAAACGCCUUAAGUCAUGUCAUUUUGACAUAGCUCCCGACUUAUUGCACCUAUCAUUUUGUUAGAACUGUUCCACUCUGCACUGUGCUAUGGAAACGGCUGUUGAUAACCAGUGAAGCGACCAUGCCUAGUAGGCUGGUUCUAUAUAGUUGACCAGCAUAGUCAAACUACCAUUGACUAGACAUAGUUUGGGCAAACUUGGUCGAACUAUGGCCAAUGAUGUUCCUUGUGCAAGUUUCGUCCAGGUGUACUGCUGCGAUACUCCAAAAUUUUAUAUUGGAGCCCUAUAUGGAUAAUUAAAGGAUGCUUUAGACAUUUUGCAGUACCCUUACCAAAAUGAUCAAGCCCAACUUGUUGGUCCAAACUAGGAAAGACCAUGUCAAGGUGGACAAGGUUGAUGACUAUAUGGAGUCAUCUACAUUGUUUAUUAAAAAGUUUUUAAAAUUUAUUUUCAAAAGUUUUGAAUGGACGAGUUUCCAUGUCUAUUUUGUGUUUAUGGUGGCAACAUUUUACAAAACAAGGGUCUACAUGUAUGUGUGAGCUAUAUAAAACACAUACUGCAUACAUUUUGUUUUUGCAUUAUAUAGAAUACAAUCACUCUGUGAAGUUUGACUCUUCCAGUUUCAUUUGGCUUUGCCUUAUAAAAUGGAAUAGUUCGAUUUCACCUCAUGAUUAUAUUCUGCAUAUUCUCAUUUAUAUGCCUCAUGUAUAUGCAUCCAAUAUGUGUGUUCUGUUUUCACUAGCAAGUACCGAAGUUUGAGGUUUGUGUAUUUUUUGUACAUACAAAGUAAAUAUAUAAUCAGUGUGCUUGCUACCUUUUUUUGUUUUUUUGGGGGGCUGCCUGGCACUUAAUAUGGGUCUACUGAUCUGUUUUUUAUUUAAACUGGCUAAAUAGUUAUAUUUGUAUGCACUCACAUUUGAACCACUGGAUGACAUGUUGCUGCACAAAUGAGCCGAGCCACAUUAUGACAUAAAAGGUGUGUUCGAUUAGCUUUCCCUGGUCGACCAACUUUGUGAGCGAUUUACUUUGGGCUGACCCGGGUGCAAUGAUGUAACAAUGAAAAAGUGUUCUCAAUGGUCACUAGUUUUUGUAAUUUUCACCCUAAAAUAGGGAAUUUGUGAGCACUAGGUAUUUUUAUAUUCAUAGACUUUUUUAGCUUGCACACCUAUGUGCUGCUGGCCGGGCCACCAUUGCUGGAAUGCUGGCACAAAUAGAAGUGUCUUUCUCUUAGUUCCAGUCGGUGCAGAUUCUGUAGAGUAUCACACAAAGACUCUAUGGUCUGCACCGUUUUCCAUCAUUGAGAAUAACACAGAAUUCACAUUAAAAGUUUAAAAGAUGCUGGUUUUCCAAUGUCUUUGUGUACAAAAUGUGCAUUUUAUGCAAUGACGGCUCGCCUGCAGCAAUUGGUCGCAAUCGCUGAGGUCAAACAAUGGAGACAUGCCUGAAUGUACAUAAAGCUAACAACUCACAGCCAAUAAUAGUCUUCAUUUAUCUCAGUGAGGGCUCUAUUUGGGUCUGUGACAUAAUGCUCAAGACAUCUACUAAGGUUGCCAUCAUGUCGACAAAUAAUGUUUGUUUGAAUAAAUGUUAUAGUUUGUACAUUGAUAAAUAUUGCACCCUUUCCUUUUUAUAAAAGCCUCAAUGUUUGAGUUGUAACACCAAGAUAAGAACUUCAAGUAUUUUAUUGUUAAACAUGACCCUUUAAUCUUCCCCGAGGUUUCUCAUCAGAAAUUGGUAUGGAAAAGUUUUGAUGGUCAAAUUAUGGUUGCAGUUAUCAUUUACUGUUAAAAGAAAUAAUGAUCAUUCAGCAUAUUUUCUGCACAAAGAUCAGCCCUGAUUCUUCAUAAAGGCAUUUGUCCCAAUGCCACUGGUCAUUCAUUGCCUUGAUGCCCCUUGAAAUGUCUAUAUCCUUUUACUGUUGAGGACAAACUGCCUUGCUCUGACUAGACUUGACUCAAGUCCCAAUCCCGUGCCAGCGCCACAGAAAAUAAUUGUUUUCCAGGCCCCAACCUGUUCUGCUUGCGGGCCAAUAACUACAUUUUGACGAUGGGGGCGCACUUGUCUUAUGUGACUGCUGGCGUGUUACAUGUUUGGGACCUCACACGAUAAAGGGACUUGAAUCAAGUCUAUGCUCUUACAAGUGCUCUUGAAAAAGUCACAACUAACAAUAGAGGCUGUACCUUGUUAUAUAAUAUUGCAGUGUUGCAUAAAAAAUCUUAAUAAUAUUAACAUAAACAUUAUUUAAAAUACACUCUUUUUUUGGAGGAUGAUUUCGUGUUCAGGCUCUAGUUUUCAAUAAAUAUGCCCGAUAGCUCUAAGUUCAACUUGUGAACUUGUCAUCAAAUCAGUAGUUGUGUUUUAGUGAAAACAUUGAAAACUUGUUAACAUUGUGCAGUGUUGGGUUCCAAUUGCUGCUAUGGAAGGUUGCACUUUCAUGUUUCGACACCCCUAUGUUUCGACAUCCCCUCUGUUCCGACAUCCCCUCUGUUCCGACAACCUAACCUAUAAUCCAAGUGAACAAAUCACUGGGAGUUUUCAUAAAAUAUUGUUUUCGGUACAUAGGCUUGUCAAAAUAUAGACCAUUCACCCAAAUAGAAAUAUAAAACUGUGAGUUUUGUUUUCUUCAAAAGUCUGGACUUUUUUCUCUGGAAAUGUUGUUACUUUAUUAUCAGUGACUAAGCUUUUAUACACAAAUAUUUUGAUUGAUUUAUUAUCUAUGUAUUUUUUUAAUUGAAAAGUUCUUACAAAUGAAUGGUUGGAAUAACACCAUAUACUUGUUUUUUUGUUUGUCUACAGUGGGGACAGAGUAAAGCAUAUUUGAACAAAAAGAAAUUGAC